CCCCAUUGGUUAGUAGUUACCAAAAUCAAAGGAAGGCUAAACCAGAAGAAGAAAAUGGAAGUGAGUUUAGCCUCAACAUGUAUGCCACUGAGCUUCAAGUUGAAGAAGCCAUUGAAUCAUAACAACAACAUUUUCCACUCUCAAAUUCCAACCUUCAAAGUUUCAACCAAACACACAAAAACAACAAACAAACCUCUUUUCAUCGUUAAUUCAAUCAAACCCACUUUAUCCUCCAACUGGCUCGUUUCCCAUGAUUUAUCUUCAUCAACUGCUUCCGCAUGGCUUCCCAAAUUUGAAGAACUCGACACUACUAACAUGCUUCUCCGUCAAAGGAUUGUCUUCUUGGGUUCUCAGGUGGAUGAUAUGACUGCAGAUUUUGUCAUUAGUCAGCUUUUGUUUUUGGAUGCCGAUGAUCCUGAGAAAGAUAUCAAGUUGUUUAUAAAUUCACCCGGUGGUUCUGUUACUGCUGGAAUGGGAAUUUAUGAUGCCAUGAAGUUAUGCAAGGCAGAUGUGUCAACAGUUUGCCUUGGGCUUGCAGCAUCCAUGGGCGCGUUUCUCCUUGCUGCUGGUACAAAAGGGAAGAGGUAUUGUAUGCCAAAUUCCAGAGUUAUGAUCCAUCAACCACUCGGAUCUGCCGGUGGAAAAGCUACCGAAAUGAGCAUUCGUGCAAGAGAAAUGGUAUAUCACAAGGUUAAGAUAAACAAGAUACUAUCAAGAAUUACAGGAAAGCCUGAAGAGCAGAUUGAAUUGGACACGGAUCGUGAUAAUUUUAUGAAUCCAUGGGAAGCGAAGGAAUAUGGUUUGAUUGAUGAUGUUAUUGAUGAUGGAAAACUGGGGUUAGUUGCUCCGAUUGGAGAUACAACACCACCUCCAAAAACUCAGAUAAGGAACCUAUGGGAAAUUAAAGGAAGCUCAAAAGGUAAGAAAAAUUUGCCCUCAGAGUAUGAGUUAUCACAGAAUGGAUUGAAAGGAACUCAAGGAAGUGAAUGAUAAAGGAUGUGGACAAGAGGAAACACCAAAAGCUGUAUGAAUUAUGGGACAAACAAGGAUUGCAUUGAUUUCAUACUCCAACAGAUUUAUUUUGUUUUAACUUGUUCAUGAUGAUGACCUUCAACAAGUAUUAAAGGGAUAUUUCCAUUUGUCAUCAUAGAUAGUAGUUACAUUUCAUGUAAAUCCAGACUGUAGUAUAUUAGAUAUCAAAACAUAUAUUGUAUGCUUCAAGUGUUAGCUUCCCUAAUGAAUAUAUUUUCUCCUAUGUUCUGAAUGAA